GUGAUCCAGCAGCUAACAGCUACAGCUAUCCAGCUUACUUCCUACAAGUCUCAAUCCAAUCAACCUCAAUUGCAAGAUGCGUCUGGGACAGACUGUACCUAACUUCAAGGCCGCCACCACCAAGGGCCCCAUCAACUUCCACGAGUGGCAGGGCAACUCGUGGGUGGUGCUCUUCUCCCACCCCGCUGACUUCACCCCAGUGUGCACCACUGAGCUGGGCCGGAUCGCGGUCCACCAGCCGGAGUUCGCCAAGCGGAACACCAAGUGCCUGGCCCACUCCGUCGACGCCCUCAACUCGCACGUGGACUGGGUGAACGACAUCAAGAGCUACUGCCUCGAUAUUCCCGGCGAGUUCCCCUACCCGAUCAUCGCCGACCCCACCCGGGACCUGGCCGUGAGCCUGGGCAUGCUUGACGAGGAGCAGAAGCGUGACCCCGAGGUGGGCAAGACCAUCCGGGCGCUGUUCAUCAUCAGCCCCGACCACAAGGUGCGCCUCUCCAUGUUCUACCCCAUGUCCACUGGACGCAAUGUCGAUGAGAUCUUGAGGGUUAUCGACUCCCUCCAGUUGACUGAUCGCCUCAAGGUGGUGGCUACCCCCGCCAACUGGACUCCUGGCACCAAGGUCAUGAUCCUGCCCACGGUCUCGGACGAGGAGGCCCAGAAGCUGUUCCCCAAGGGCUUCGACAAGGUCUCCAUGCCAUCGGGCGUCAACUACGUCCGUACCACCGAGAACUAUUAGAACUAGUAGAAUUUUGUAGAGUGUCUCUGAACACCCCGUUCUUCAAUGUGCCAUAAAGGAGAAGCAAUAAACCCUGUCUUGCAUCCUUA